UAAUAUUUUUAUUGGACUGAAGUUUUAUACUUUUUCGUUUAUUAUUGAUAAUUUUAAUAAUAUUUUGUUAGUUUUUGACACUUAAAAACAAAAACGAUUUCCAAAAAAUGCCACGAAAUAUCGUAGUCACUACUUACACUAAAAAUAUUAAAGAGAAAAUGGAACUUAAACGUAGACCGAAAUAUACAUUUAUUCAACUCCUAAAUUUCGUACAUUGUCUUGGCCUAUUUAUCAUUAGAUAGGCAAAGAGAACUAAAACUAUGCCGCCGAAUUUUUGUAACAAAAAACUAUAUUAUUAUCGACAAGGAACGUACAAUGGAAUAAUUUAAAGACAGAACCCAAUCCCCUCAAAAUCUUAACCGUCCAACAGAAAUCCAUCAAUUUCAUAGUUGGGAAUUUGCUUAAAGUCCAACAGAGAUUAUGGUAGACCCAAAAAAAUAAAAACUAUUUAACAUCUUGUCCUUCCACCAAAUCCUUAUCAACUUCUUUCACUCUCACUUUAAAUAGGAACUAACUAGUAAAAACAAAUCUAAGUAGUCCAAAUAUAUAAUAUAGGUAAAAUGGGAUUCUUUUUUUCAGUGUGAGAUAUUCCGUCAAAGUAUCCAAAUAUUCAGUACCUAUACUUCAAAAAAAAGUCACACUUGACAUUGACAUUUAUUAUCAAUGUUUUUUUUACAUAGACCUAUAUAGUAUUUUUAGUGCCGUAAAAUUUCAAACAGCAACAGAGUCAGCGUGCUUCUUUCUCAUACUGUCCGUUGUUGAUAUUGUUUUAGUAAAAUAAAUUCACAGGAUAAAACUUGAUCAUGGCGGGCGUGCUAUUCGAGGACAUUUUCAACGUCAAAGACAUGGAUCCGGAGGGCAAAAAGUUCGACAGAGUCAGCCGAUUGCAUUGCGAAUCGGAGUCAUUCAAAAUGGAUUUAAUAUUGGACAUUAAUUCUUGGAUAUAUCCAAUGCAACUAGGCGAAAAGUUUCGUCUAGUUUUGGCCACGACGUUGAGGGAAAACGGAUACCCUGACGGCGGAGAAUGGAACCCUCUGGAAACCGAAGGAAAUCGAGCAGAUAGUUUCGAAUAUGUCAUGUCCGGAAAAGUAUACAGGAUAGAAGGUGACGAGGCAGCGAUGGAGCCGGCAUCCAGAUUAGCGGCCUACGUCUCGUUCGGUGGCCUCCUGAUGCGGCUGCAAGGGGACGCGAACAACUUGCACGGCUUCGAAGUUGACCAGCACAUGUAUUUGUUGAUGAAGAAAUUAGCGUUUUAGUUCUAUUAUAUUAUUUGUAAAAUUAACUCUAAGAAAUAAAUUUGUAUAUUUUUAAGCA